AUGCCACAUAGUCAGAAAGCUGACCUGCUUCAUCGCCGUCGAGAACGGAACGCUUCAAAGAAGGCAACCACUGCUGUGCCUUCUUCUGGUGAAACAAUCCGUUUUCAAAAGCCUGCCCAGAAUACCCGAGAUUAUUUUAGUAGUACUCCAUUAGGCUAUACUCAGACCGGUGUUGUUUUGGUUGGCGCUGUGGAUAGUUCCAUGCCAGCUUCUUCGUCUUUAAAUGACAAUAGGGAAAAUCUGUUCACUACUCAGUCAGAAUAUGUUACUUCAGUUUCUUAUCCUACGCCAGCCUCUGUUCCGUCACAACUUUCUCGAGGUAGGAAUCUUCAGCAUGUGCUUUCCAGAUUAUCUCGGCUAGAAAAUAUUCCGACCCAGUCUGUUAUUCUUCCUCCUACUCCAAAUUGUGAACACUGUGGUGCCAAACGCUUCCCUUCAGAACCUCUUUCUUUUUGUUGCUCUGAGGGUGAAAUCUCUGUUGUUGCUCCAGCUAUGCCUUAUGCUCUUAAGCGUCUAUUCAUUGGUAAUGAUGAGGAAUGCGAGCACUUUAGGAAGAACUCCCGUACAUAUAAUAAUAAUGUGGCGUUCACGUCUUAUGGUGCUAAGUAUGAUCGUGAGUUGACAAAAAAUACAAAAGGGGUUUAUACAUUUCGAGUCCAGGGCCAGGUGUAUCACUUCUUGGAUAGUCUAAUCUCUCCGUCUGAUAAAUUCUCGGGGGUUCAGUUAUAUUUUUUUGACACUGAUGAAAAGCUCGCAAACAGAGUUCAAAAUUCUGAUAAGCUUCGGCCGACCACCCUCAAGCUGUUAAUGACAAUCCUGCAAGAAAAUCCUUAUAGAAGGUUUUUUAAAGAACUUAGGGAUGUUCAGGCCAUUGAGACCCAUGCUAUAGUUCUUAGGUGCUAUCCUGGGCUAGAUCAGCGUGUCUUUAAUCUUCCUACUGCCUCUCAAGUUGCCGCUAUAUGGACCGAGCCAGAUGAUGAGUUGGUUGAGAAGAGCCCACACAUUCAGGUUUAUAGCCAUUCUAACGCAAGUUAUAGGGUCCAAUCAUAUUAUGUGUGUUAUGAUCCUCUUCAAUAUCCUCUUCUCUUCCCUAGAGGUGAAUCUGGUUGGCAUCGUGGGAUCAAGAGGGUAUUCUCAAAAAGGAAGAAACCUGAUACUCAUGACCCAGAAGUUCAUGUUGAUUUUUCUUCUGCCCAGGAUCCUUCUACCUUAUUCCACUUUGAAGAUAUAGAGAUCCUUCAAGGGGUUCUAGACAGUGUUGCAAUAGGCCAAACGCAGGGGUCUAGAGUCGGUCGUCGAAUUGUAUUGCCGACUUCAUUUAUUGGCGGCCCAAGGGACAUGAGAAGAAGAUAUCUUGAUGCAAUGAUCUUGGUUCAAAGGUACGGCAAGCCUGUCAUAUUUCUUAUCAUGACUUGCAAUCCGAUGUGGAAAGAAAUUCAGCAGAAUCUUCAAUACCAUGAAAAACCACAGGAUAGGCCUGAUUUGCUGGCUAGAGUUUUUAGAGCUAAGUUUGAAAUGUUAAAGGUUGAGCUCCUUAAGAAACAGAUUUCUGGCUCCAAACUAUUGAAUCCUGAAUCAUAUGACAAAAUUGUUUGUGCUGAAAUACCAGACCUUGAGAAGAAUAGGCAUUUAUAUUCCCUGGUUAUUAAGCAUAUGAUUCAUGGCCCCUGUGGUUGUAGGGAUAAACAGAGCCCGUGCAUGAGAGCCGGUAAAUGCAAAAAUCAUUAUCCUAAAAAUUUUACUCCUUAUACAGUUCAUGGUGAGGACAACUAUGCAUGUUAUAGAAGAAGAGAUGAUGGCCGAAAAAUAAAGGUGCGCAAGCAUGAGCUCAACAACCAAUGGGUGAUACCUUACAGCCCAUACUUAUUAGCUCUAUUUGAUUGCCACAUCAAUGUUGAAAUCUGCUCCAUUGUUAAGCUUGUAAAGUACCUUUACAAAUAUAUUUUUAAAGGUCAUGAUCUUAUCAGCUUUAAUCUUCUUGACCAAGAAUCUUCUGGUACCAUUGAUGAAUUAAUUCCUUCCAGCAAGCACGUUGGGUUUCACCUCCGGAAGCUUUGUGGCGCAUAUAUGAAUUUCGCCUAA